UCUUAAUGAGAAUAAACCAUCUGUAAAGGAAUCCAUAAAUACUGGAAAGAAUUCCAGUACAAAUGAUUACCAUUCAAUCGUUGACAAUAUUCGAAAGAUGUUGAAACUAAUAGUUUUCAUAUGUGUAACAGUUGCCUUAAUGGCUUCUGUAUCAAGUUCACCAUAUUAUGGCAGUCACGGUGGAGGUAAGUCAGGUGGAGGUUUUGGUGGUGGGCAUGGAGGAGGUGUUGGAGGUGGUGAAGCGGAUGGAUUUGGAGGAGGUGGUGGACAAGGUGGAUUCGGUGGUGGACACCAACAAGGUGGUAACGAAGGUGGUAGAUUCACUGAUGGACAAGGAGGUGGAUUUGGCCAAGGAGGUGGUCAUGGAGGUGGAUUUGGUCAAGGAGGCGGUCAUGGAGGUGGAUUUGGCGGCGGAAAUAGUGGUGGUGGUCCAGGUGGUGGUUUUGGUGGUGGUCAUACAGGAUCACAGGGUGGAGGCUUCGGUGGCGGACACAGUGGAGGCUUUGGUGGCGGACAGGGUGGUGGCUUCGGUGGUGGAAAUGGUGGAUUUGGAGGUGAACACGGUCCAAAACACAAUGGUUAUAAACACCAUGGUUAUUAGAAAAUGUUACCAUGACACUUGGAUUGUAAUAUUGUUUUUCCGGAACGAUGUAGGUGUUAUUGAAUAUUCUAUGUAAACAUUUCCACAUUUUAAUAAAUGCCCAGACAUAUA